UUAUUUCUUAUAUAUCUACCAAGCUUGGUGACAUGACUCCAACUAUUUGCUGAGAAGAAAUGGAUUGAAAAUUUCAUUCAUCGCCCUUGCAUCAUACUUUGUCUUGGACAAAUGUACAAAUGAAUACGCAUCAUCUGUCAGCUAGUAUGAUAAAUUCUCAAUUCAUACGUUGCUUCUAAAUUUAAAAAAUAAUGAAUUACAUUACAGUCUGCGCUGACAUAGUCUUUGCACUAGAGACAUCGUGUAGCGUCGACGACGAAACUAAAGCGCUCGCCAAAGUUUUCAUCUACGAUUUUGUGACAACGUUUGAUUCUGUAAAACAACAAAAUGUGAGUAAUGUUGCCACCCAGUUCGGGUUGUUAGCGUACGAUGCCACAUCACGCAUUGUGUUUACAUUCAGUGACGCUCUAUCCAAACUAGAAAUUCUGCACAAGAUUGAAAUGUUUAAGAUGGAAACAACAGAUUGCAAAACUCUGACUCAUAAUGCCAUUAACAUGGCAAGAGGUGAUUUCUUCGAGUCAGCAUUUAACGACAGACGCACUCCCGAUGUGCUCGUUGUUUUAACAGAUGGACGCACACAACCUAAGAAAUAUAUCCCAGAAACUACGGACGCUAUCCAAAAAUUGCGGGAAACAGUACGGACUAUCGUUAUUGAGUUACCAAACAAGAAGGGGCGUGAAUUGUUACCAGACACUAUUGAACAACUAAACACACUGGCUGAAGCUAAAGAUCGGUUUAAACUUGAUAAAGACUCAGACAUAGAAGAUAUUGCGACUGAGGUUUUUGAUCAUUUGUUAGAAAAAAGCGAAUAUGUUUGCCCGCCAGGUAGGUUUUAUCUACGUUCACCAACAAAUUAAAGUCCUUCAAAACUUGUAGAUUUACCUCCCAAUGCUCAAUUAAAAUGAUAAAGUAUAUACAUUAAACACUGGAAUUAAUUAAUCAAGACAUUACCAGCUCCCUUAUUCCAAGCGCUACAAUUUUGUAAAUCAUUUUAUGACGUUUUAAAAUAUUUAUCGUUUAUGUUGCAUGUUAUUCUAAUAGUACACUAAUUGGGAAAUUUAGUGUAUAAACACUAAAGAUACUUUAUGCUUAUAAUUGCAGUAAUUGGAAUAUGUAAAUAAUUACUAGGCAUGUAAAGUAUAACUUAACAAUAGGUCGAAUUAAUCAAUUUUGAGCUGACCCAGUACAUCAAUCACGAGAAGUGCCAUACUUCUUCACCCAAAAGUCAACACAGCAGAGACUUCAGCUAAUAAAGAGAUAUAAUGAUGGUAGACUCUCUGUAUUCAAGCUGAUCCAGUGCAUCCAUGUCGCGAGAAGUGCCAGUAUACAAAUCCACCAGCAAAGACAGCACAGCCUGGACUUCGACAGUUUAGCCGAGUUAAUGUGAUGCUUGAUUGCACGUAUGAAGAGAUGUGUGACAUCCAGUGUCUCAAAGACUAUUAAUAAACCCUUUCUAUUUUAGCUGAUCCAGUGCAUCCAUGUCACGAGAAGUGCCAGUAUACAGCUCCACCCCAAAAGACAGCACAGCCGGGACUUGGGCGGUUUAGCCGAGUUAAUGUGAUGCUUGAUUGCACAUAUGAAGAGAAUUGUGAUAUCCAGUUCCUCAAAGACUUUGCAGCCGAACUUGACCGACAACCUAAAUGCAAAAUGUAUUACCCUUUGAAGG